GCAAUCAAGCUGGAGCUCCUUUUCCUUAUAAACCAGCUCGCUACCCCAGUGCAGAGGCACUAGUCUGAUCUGACUCUUCUUGGCCUUGGCAAGCUCCCAGCUCCAGCUUGGUGCCAGUGCCUGCUCUGAAGCAGAGCAAGAUGGGCAGGAGAGCUCAGCCAUCUGCGUCGCUCCUGCCCUUCUCCCUGGGGCUGGUGCUCCUCUACUUCACCGCAGGCAUCACCGUCCGUGUUGCGGAGGCACAGAAGACGUGGUGCAUCGCGAAGCCGUCGGCGUCGAACGAGAUCCUGGCGCAGAACCUGGACUACGCGUGCUCCCAGGUGAGCUGCGCCGUGAUCCAGAAGGGCGGGCCCUGCUACUACCCGGACAGCCUCGUCUCCCGCGCCGCCGUCGCCAUGAACCUCUACUACGCCUACAGCGGCCGCCACGCCUGGAACUGCUACUUCAACAACUCCGCGCUCGUCGUCCAGUCCGACCCAAGUUACGGAUCCUGCACGUACUACUGAUGGUGAGUGGUGCCGGUUGUGGAGGGACGCCGUGCGAGCUGAACUGGCUGAUGCAGCUGAGAUUGAGAGAGCUGCUGCUAAUACCACAAGUGUGUUGAGUGUCUGCUGGUUGAGGAACGGCAGAGGGUAUGCAGAUUGUUGUGUUGUGAAUUGUCAUGUGUCUAGUGAACUGUGAUGCAGUUGACCUUUGGAGAUUUUCGAAGAGCUCAUUGAUAUCUCCACUCGAAGUUGUCCCUUUCAAACAUGAGUCGGUCGAUUUGCGCGUGA